AUGGUUCACGCUUCCGGAAAGCCUUCGCAAUUCAGCGAUGCUGCCCUCCAGCAGCGUAUGCAGAUGGCCGGCAAGGCUGGGCCACAGGCACUUGUACGCAACUGGCGUGUCUUCCUGACUGCCUGUUUUGCUUGCAUUGGUGGUCUCCUUUAUGGCUACAACCAGGGUGUGUUCAGUGGUGUCUUGACUAUGAACGCCUUCAAUAGACACAUGGGCGACUAUACCAGAGAUCAAUCCAAGAAAGGAUGGCUUACCUCCAUUCUCGAACUCGGCGCCUGGACGGGCACGCUGUACUCUGGGUUCCUUGCCGAGAUCAUAUCCAGAAAAUAUGCUAUCAUUGUCAACACCUGCGUAUUCAUUAUCGGUGUCGUCGUUCAAUGCACGGCCGUCUCAGCUGGCCACUCCGCGAUUCUUGGGGGUCGAUUCAUCGUCGGUAUGGGUGUGGGAUCACUUUCGAUGAUCGUGCCCAUGUACGUGGCCGAAUGUUCUCCUCCCGAGCUCCGGGGUCUGCUCAUCGGUAUGCAACAAUUCGCCAUCGAGUUCGGUAUCAUGGUCAGCUUUUGGAUUGAUUAUGGAACCAACUACAUCGGCGGAACUGGCGAUACCCAAUCUGAGGCGGCUUGGCUCGUGCCUCUUGCUCUUCAGCUUUUCCCGGCGUUGAUCCUGUUGGUGGGCAUGGUGUGGAUGCCCUUCACUCCGAGAUGGCUCCUUCACCACGGUCGCGAAGAAGAAGCACGCCGGACUCUUGCAACCUUGAGGUCUUUGCCAAUCGACUCUGAGCUUAUCGAAUUGGAGUUCCUCGAAAUCAAAGCUCAGUCCAUGUUCGAGAAGCGAAGUGUGGCGGCGAACUUCCCUCACCUUGCCGAGCAGACUGCAACCAACACCAUCAAGCUUCAAUUCGUCGCCAUAGGCUCUUUGUUCAAGACGAUGCCCAUGUUCCGCCGAGUCAUAGUUGCCACAGUGACUAUGUUCUUCCAGCAGUGGACCGGCAUCAACGCCGUCCUUUACUAUGCACCGCAAAUCUUUGGCGCCCUUGGCCUGUCCUCGAACACCACUUCGCUUCUUGCUACGGGUGUGGUUGGCAUUGUCAUGUUGUUGGCAACAAUUCCAUCCAUUCUGUACAUUGACAGAAUCGGAAGAAAGCCUGCAUUGGCCCUUGGUGCUCUUGGAAUGGGUCUUUGCCAUUUUAUUAUUGCUGUCAUCUUCGCCAAGAAUGAGCACCAAUGGCCAACCCACAAGGCAGCAGGCUGGGCUUGUAUUGUCAUGGUCUGGCUUUUUGUCGUCCACUUCGGCUGGUCUUGGGGUCCUUGUGCCUGGAUCGUGGUUGCUGAAGUCUGGCCAUUGUCCGCUCGUCCAUACGGUAUCGCCCUCGGCGCGUCCAGCAACUGGAUGAACAACUUCAUUGUGGGCCAAGUCACUCCAGACAUGAUCACCGGCAUCACUUAUGGAACUUUCAUCCUCUUCGGGUGUUUGAUCACUCUCGGAGCUGCAUUCAUCUGGUUUUACGUGCCGGAGACAAAGCAGCUCACUCUAGAGGAGAUGGACCUUGUCUUUGGAUCUAGCGGUGUUGCCGCCGCUGACCAGGAGCGCAUGGCCCAGAUCAAUGCUGAGAUUGGUCUCAACCGCAGGCUCAGUGCUCUCGCGGGUGAACCAGUCAGCGAUGAGAAGGUUGCAGGGUUCGAUGAGAAGACGACCGCAGCCAAGACGGCGUAA